GUACAAAGAAAUGGAAAUUAUCCAUUAAUUUCAAUCUACAAAGGUGAACUAGUCAAUAUAUUCCCAAUCAGGAAUUUCUUAACUCAUAGUAUUUCAAAUAUUCAAGUAAUUCAAGACUCAGUUAUUGAAAAUAAAGAUUAUUAUACUAUUGAAAGUAACAAUGAAGAACAUAAUACAUACGAAGCUAAUUUGACUUAUAUACUUGGAAUCUUAGACAAG